AUGUCCUCCUUGACGAGCUAUGAGCGCCUCAUUACCGACCAUGAGCGCCAAUUGGACGCGAUAAUCAACGAGGGACGAGACCCAGCUACCUAUGACAACGCGUUCAUUUCCAAAUUCCACAAUAUCCUCGUUGGACUGGCCGGCGUCGUAAGGUCCGCGGAGACGGCAGCGUACUCGAGCCCGAGCUCAAUGCCUGCAACUCAACUCCCGGAUUUGAUCAUGAAAGCGGAAGAGGUGAUCAAUAGGUGUAUAGACUUCGCGUAUGAUGGUUUCGGCGAAGAUGAUAAACUGUACGGUGGCGACUGGAUGCCAUCGUUUGCGCAUUGCAACGAUGGUCCGGGUGCAGCGCCGCUGUUGGAAAUAAAACAUGCGCAGACAGGGAUUCGCCUUAUUCCGGAACUGCCGCAAGACACGCUCAACACAGUGUAUCCGUUAAUGCUGGGGUUCGCCAAGGUGGUAAGCCGGAUGGCAGGCAACAACAUAGGCAUCGACUUCGUCAAAAGCCAAUUCAAGCGUCCCGACGGCUGGGAAACGACACCGCACCCCAUGGACCUUUCCUCGCCAUGCGCGCGAUUCCAGUCCACCUACAAUGUGCCCGAAUGGAGCGGCACACCGUAUCACGAGAACGCGACGGCUCUUGUCCAAGCACAGUGCGAGGUCUCGUGUGAGGAUAUCAAUGAUCCUAUCAAACUGUGCAUCUCGAGCGGGGGCGAUCUGCUCGCGUUGUCUGCUAUGGGGGAUUAUAAGAACCGCACCCCAUUCCUGCACUACUAUUUCCCAAAGGACAGUGUACCUCCUACAACCAGCACUAGCGCGCGAUUGGCAGAUAAGUCCAAAUUCAUGCGCUCUAAUGACUUCAAACUGGGUCUUUCAGGGGGUGUAGCAGACCUCGCACUCGACGAGAGCCGUAUGCUGAUAUUUGCAGCCGAUGGAAAGAGAAUCAAAUCCUACCGCUAUAAAGCACCGCAGGCAGGUAAAAAAGAAACCAAGAACGGGACCAGAGACACCCGCCUACACGCAGUACACACGUUUAACUGCGGAAAAUCGUUCUAUGGCCCAAUAGCUGUGAUACCUAACCACGGACGCGUCCUCAGAGCCGGCGAGCAUGGUGCAGUCGCUAUUUGGAACAUGAACGCGCAACCGACGCACGGACGAUCCGGGUCCAAAAUCAUCGGCAAAAAGGAAAAUCUUGAUGAUAUGGAUUCUUGGAGAGACGACGAGGACGAAAUAGAGCUCUCCAGAGGCAGCGAGCGCUCGCAGAAUGUGAACCUUGACACGCGCGAUGGUGAAGGCGCGAAUGCCGUGCGCUGGUCAGUCGAGACUUGGCACCAGCAUCCGUCCAGUCCGAGUAUCAUGCUGUGCGGUUCGGAUGUACAGACCUCAGAAACAUACCAUUGCCAUGCUUUUGACGUCGAAGUUGGCGGCAAAGCCGUGAUGAGGUACCUAGGACACGCCGGUGCCGUAAGGGGAUUCUCCACAAGCGCGGCUGCUGACCCAAAUGUGUUCCUAACCAGUUCCGAUGAUGGACAUGCGCGAUUGUACGAUACAAGGAGGUCGCUCCCUGCACUGACUAUUGCAGCAGAGGGUUCAUCCCGAGCGCCAUUUAAUUCUGCGCUUCUUGUGCAUCCAGAUGGGCUUCCUUUCAUUUUCGUCGGCGAGGGCAGAGCUCAGAAGAUCGCACUUUGGGACGUGCGUGCUCAAAAAGCCCUGUAUGAGCUGGCAACGGGGAAUAAUAGCGUGCAAAGCAUGGCGUGGGAUCACAGCACCAACACACUAUACGCGGCGACGGAGUGCACAUUCGUUGACCGCAAUGGCGAUCACUACGGUUAUCGAUAUGCAAGGAUGCCAAAGAGGAAUCCAUCAGCCUUGGAUGGCCAGCAGAACACGACUGCUGACAGCUGUGAAACACUAGGCACAGAAUCAGAUUUUGAAGAUGAUUUUGAAGAGAGGUGCUGGCCGAUAAAAGCCUUUCACGUUGAGAACUACUGGGGCCAUGUAUGGGACGCUGGAGAUCAUCGCCUAUAUAAAUACGAGUUCAAGGCAGAACCAAAUCUCGAGAUUGUGCCAGAGUAUGGGAGGGCCACGAUCAGUCCAGGUAAUGAUUUUUGGUUUUAG